AUGCAGCUGGAACUCCAGGCACCCAGCAUCCUGAGCUUGCAGUCUUUGAGUUCCAGUAUGGAACCCCAUACUACUGAAGAUCACACCAAGCGGAAAAGUCCAACGCGGGACCGUCCUUCACAGAAGCUGCUCAGCGUCCCCCCUAUGUCCCCACGGAUUCGCGUGCGGCCAUGGUGGUUCCCAGUGCAGGAACUCAGUGAUCCUCUCGUGCUGUACAUGGAGGCCUGGCUGGCAGAAAUAAUCUUUGGUGAGUCCAAACAAGCUUUAAUCUCAGAGAUAGAGUGGAUAAGCCAGGCUUUGGUGAGAGUGGACACAGUCGACUCUGGGAACCUAGCUGAAAUCACCAUAUGUGGACGACCCUUCGUAAAGAAUCGAUUGAAAAACAUUCUCUUAAACCUGGCAGUUUGGCACAAAGAACACAAUGUCCAAAGAGCUACGAAGUUGAAACAACUUGAGGAAUUCUUGAAGACCCUUCCCUCCGACUCAAACAACAACCUGCCUGAGCAGGUGCUGGAGGCACUUGCUGAGUGUCAGGCAGCCGGGCUUUAG